GUUCAUUUCAGACCAUUUGCGUUCUUAGGCCUGAAUUUUCGGAUAUGAAGGAUGCCGAUAAGGCUUCCAAAGCUUGCUUCGAGUUAGCGAAAGCGGGCGAGCGCCUUUGUCGAGAAGGAAAAUUUCACGAGGCAAUUCCUCGCUUUCUUGAUGCGUUAAGGCUGGGGACUACCAACUUGUCCACGUUAUCGGCUAUCUAUUGCCAAUUAGGCAAUGCUUACUACUCCGUAAAUGACAUGGACAACGCGUUUAUUUAUCAUUCGUAUGACGCAGUAGUUGCCAGGCUUAUGCAUGAUAGAUUAGGAGAAGCUAAAGCGUACGGCAACAUGGGUAAUGUGAAGAAGAUGAAAGAAGAGUUUGCUGAUGCACUUGAUCUCACUCGACGGCAGUUAACUAUUGCUAGUGAACUUGAUGACAAGCAAUGCCUCGCACGUGCGUAUUAUAACCUUGGAACCAUCUACCAUGCCAGGGCGAAAUUAGCUGUGACGAAAACUAUGAACGAGGCUGCCGCUCGCGGAUCUGACACGGGUGAUGGGAACUCGAAUGUUGACAAUGAAGACUUACGUACUGCACUUGAAUGUUACAUGAAUAGCUCAAAUUACUCACGGGCAUUAAACGAUCACGCUAAUGUUGGCCGGAUUUUUGGUUGUGUGGGAAACGUGCUCCAUCUUUUAAGGGACUACCGAGGAGCAAUUGAUUGUCAUGAGAAGAGGUUGAUGAUAGCGUCCCAAUUUGGAGACCAUAAUGCGAAAUAUCGUGCUUACAUCAAUCUUGGGAAUGCCCAUGUCUUGUUGUCGGAGGUUGACAAAGGGAUAGAAUGUUACAUAUCAGCUAUGAAUUUGGUUGUCGAGAAAGGCGACAGGGUACGCGAAGCUCAGUGUUGCUUCUACAUCGCAUGUUCUUCAUCGCUCUUGCGUCAGUUCAGUUCUGCUAAAACGUAUCACCUUCGUCACCUGUCACUAGCUCGACGUAUGAAUGACUGUGCUGGACAGGCUCGCGCCUACAACUCGCUCGCAACUGUCUACGCAAAUCUGAGGGAAUAUGCAAAAGCAGCCUACUUCCUCGCAUGCAACAGGGCGCUUGCUGCAGAGAUGCGAGAUGACACUAUGCUUAGUAAUGCAGAAGACGCAUUAAAAAAACUGGUCAAGGAAAACAGGCGAGAGCUCAUUGCUGAAGGAGGCUAUCUCAAUGUCGACAGCAUCGAUGAUCCGGAGCCACUUACUCAUCAUUGUCGCAUAAGGGAAGAACGAGACUCCGUGAAGAUUGAGUUCACGGACCAGCCAUACACAAGUAAUCGCCUUGUCGGGAGUGGCUCUCCUGUCCGUAACCGAAAGCCUUUGAUGAAGUCGGUCGCUGUGGAGGUGGACAGUAAGCAGUUGUUGCCGAAAGUCAAGAGGAAGCCACCAGAAUUUGCUUGGAAAACAAAGCCAAUCAAAAAGAGCUUCAUUCACAACAUCAAGAAAUUGUGGUUACGUGCUAGGAUAUAUACAAGUUUUUCACUCUACGAACAAAGGAUUAAUUAUUUGUAUGAAGAACUUACAAGCGACUCUCAGAGAUUAUACAGUCACCAGGAAGAAUUUUUGGACUUCCUGUCCCGAAUGCAGUCCGCACGACUGGAUGAGCAACGAUGUGACGUCAGUGCUCUCAAACUGAAUCCGAUAGUCAGCAUGGGGAGACGCCAAACGGACAGCUUAAUUACGACGACGGCUGAAGGACCAGACGCCUUGAUAGACCUUCUCCUGAACGCUCAAAGUCGCCGAAUGGAUGAGCAACGAGCCGCGCUGCUCCCCGGUCUGAAUAAUCAAGAACAAGCGCAAGAGCUUCUAGUGAAACUUGGGUCUGCGUCCAGUGAGGGCCAUGGUUCAAGAGUUGACGACACUCUGAUUGAUCUUCUGAUGCGUGCUCAAAGCCAACGUAUGAAUGAGCAGCGUUCCGAAUUGGCGUCUGGUCGGAAAAGCUCCGUCAGCUCGGAGGACAAAGCGACAGCCACCACUCCUGAGGAUGAUGUGUCUGCCUUGGUCAUGCGCAUGCAGGCUGGGCGUUUUGAGGAGCAGCGUGCUCAUCUACAUACUCAAAAUGAAAAUGCUUAAAAUUUGUUAGGCACCAUUUUUCCGGCGCUUUCACUGCUGUCUCCCAGUAUUAACGAUUCUGAUGUAAAAUUCUCUUUCUUGUCCGGUUGUCUUGUGUACAGAUUGCCUCUUUUCGAUAUCCUACGACAAUUACAUGCACAUGUCAGGUAACUAGCUAGAUUCCCUCGGAACUCAUCAGUUAUCAUGUCACAACUCUAAUUACGAGCCAUCAGCUUGUGUCAAUAUUAGUUGUAUUCCAUCUUGGUUUGAACACUUCUAAAGUGCAUGUAAUUUGAAGCAUAUAAAUGUUCAGUCUUU